GUGCAUACUUACGACUAGCACAGGCGCCGCUAGUAAAAUUUUUUCGCCUCAGCAGUUAAUACAGAAGUAGCUGCGCGCACAUGUAGUCAUCAUGGUAACGAAUGGCAAAUAUUCUUUUGAUUCCGGCAAAGACAAAAUUAAGGGUAAAACCAUCGGGUAUCGGCACUUGCAAUGUUUGCUGAUUUUCCUGGGAUUUGCACUACUUUUCGCCAUGCGUGUUAAUCUCUCUGUGGCCAUUGUGGCGAUGAUGGAUAAUAAGGGUGCGAAUCCCGAUUUUCCGGAAUAUGCCUGGUCGCAGAAAACCAAAUCACACAUACUCAGCAGUUUCUUCUGCGGCUACAUUUUGGUGCAAAUACCAGCUGGCGGCUGGGCGCGACGCUUUGGCGGUCGUCUAUUGCUGAUACUUAGUGUCAUGAUGAGUAGCAUAUUUGCACUACUCACACCACUAAUGGUCAACUUAGGCGGUUGGGCGUCGCUAUGCACGCUGCGCUUCUGUCAAGGUUUAUUUCAGGGUGUGACGCUGCCCACAAUUGCGACACUAAUGUCCAAAUGGGCCCCGAUCGAAGAACGUAGCGCUAUGCAAACAAUCUGCUAUUCAGGCGCACAACUAGGCAUAGUGCUAAUGUUGGCUACCAGCGGUGUACUCUGCUCUUCCAGUUGGGGUUGGCCAAGCACAUUCUAUCUACCUGGUAUUUUGGGUUUACUUUGGGCUGGAUUCUGGUUUAUUUUUGGUGCGAGCACACCACGUGAGUGCAAACACAUUUCGGCCGAUGAACGUGCCAUGAUUGAAGAAUCCUUAGGUCAUGAUAAGCCGCAGGAUGAACAGAUGCCACUGCAUGCGGUGCCAUGGAAAAAAAUGUUCACAUCAAAACCUUUUUUGGUGCUCGUAGUCAAUCAUUGCACAAGCAAUUGGUGCUUUUGGACGCUGCUCACCCAAAUACCAUCGUACAUUAGCAGUGUGCUCGGCAAGGACAUUAAGAGUAAUGCCAUACUAUCAUCGCUGCCAUACGUAACUAUGUUGGCGCUAUCACUGCUACUAUGUCCUUUGGCAAGCUGGUUAGAAAAAUCACAAAUAUUAAAUGCUACCGUGAGUAGAAAGAUCUUUAAUACGAUUGGUCAGUGGAUUCCGGUCGUGUCACUUAUAUCAUUGGGCUACUUGCGUGCAGAUCAAGGUGAUCUGGCGAUCGCUCUGCUCACGACGACUGUUACCAUAAGUACAAUUGCGCAUUUUGGCUUUUCUGUGAAUCAUCUGGAUUUGGCGCCGAACUUUGCUGGCACCCUUAUGGGCAUUGUCAAUUGUUCGGCUAAUGUGAUGAGUAUCAUAGCACCGCUGGUGGUGGGCUACGUCGUUACAGACACGUCUAACAUCUAUCAAUGGCGCAUAAUCUUCACAGUAGCUGGCUGUAUGAGUUUUUCGGGUAAUCUUAUGUUUCUAAUAUUCGGCACAGCUAAGGUGCAACACUGGAAUGAACCACCGCGUGCAGGUCGUGAAGCAGAACCCCUAAAUGAACUGAUUAACGAUGCAAAAAAAGACGAAGAAUGUACUGAAGAAGGAGAGGCGCGAGUUUAGUUGCGAAGUUAGAAGGUGUGAGUCGCCUUUAUUGUAAUAGUUGUAUUAACAUAUGUGCCUAGCGGUGCAAGAUAAUAUUUAGUAUUUCAAAUGAUUUAAGUAGGUUUCAUUUUAUUCAAAAAAGUAAUUAUAAAAAUACUUCGAACAAAUAUAAAAAUAACUAAUAAAUAUGGACUAAGGAGAAAAAGCUUACUCAAGAACGCACGAAUUUACAGGCGUAAAUCAAAUUACGCAUAAUCACUCAAGCAAACAUUAACUUAUUUAAGCGUACAUAUGUACAUUAGGGUGUAUCACUUCCCAUAAAUAAAAAAUCGGUAGGUAGUGUU